UUCAGCCUUAAAAGUGUAAGUCUGGUCCUCUGUGGUGGUUUAAGUUAGCGGACACUGAGGGGGUGGGUUUCCAGGCUGAGCCCCGCUAUCCGUAUCCGUCCCUAGCUUGUCGCGACAAGUCAUUGGCUAAUGGCUCCACCCUCCUGGACCCGUUGCCUGGGUGAAGUAAACACAAGCCCCGACUUGCACCUUGAUGCUUUGUGCGCUACGCCAAUUGAGGAGAGAGCAUAAUACCUAAGGUAGUUGUGCUCGGAACGGCCGCCACCACGUCGCCGACAACUGCAUCCGCUCCUGGAGCACCGCUCCUUGCGUCCUAUCUUCUACUCCACAUUGUGCUUCCUCGCCUGCGCGCCUUCACCAUGGAGGGCCAUGAGAACGUGAACUUCAAGUCGGGUCUCCGGCUCCCGAACGGCUAUCAUGCCGCAGCAACAUGCCUCCAAGAGAUCACCGACUCGCAGAGCAACUCGCGAGUGCAUACAUCGACAAUGCCCCCCCCGCAACAAGGAAUCAAACGCGCAUACACCGGAAACAUGUCGCAACCAGACCGGGACCCGAAGCGAAAAACACUGAUGGAAAUGGCAGGCGAGCCCACCGGAGCAUCCAGGCCGCAACUUCCUUCAGCACCCCCAGCCAGCGCGCGAAUCGGGCUCAAGGGUAACACGAUCGCCAACCUGAGCAAUGCAAAUGUCAAGCCUCCUGUCAGCGCAACCGGAAUCGUGCUCCCCAGGCAGAUCUCGAGCGCCUCGGCAUCGUUGCGACCGACAACCGUGGGCAAUUUUACAAAGAGUAUGGGGCCCGGGAGCCGCCCGCCGUCACGACCGCCGACCUCGAUGGGCUUCAGUCAGUCCCAGUCUAUCAACGCUCGUCAACGAGGGAACACGCGCUCGAGACCGGCCACAGCGAUGGGUAACAAUGUCAUCGAUUUUGAAGGAGAAUCAACCCAGCAGUCCAAUGCAUGGAACGUCGACGAUCGACUUCUCCAGGUGGAAUCGCAGUUCAAGGUGAUGAAGGAGGCCAUGAACAAUUCUCUGACUGACAAGAAGGCACUGGAGGAGGUGGUUGAACUCAUAAAGACAAGAGACAGAAGCAACCACUUUACAAGCGCAGGUACAAUCACUUCUUCGGGCUUUGGAGGAAGACCAGAGAACCCGGAAACACGAAUUCCAGGACCAAGCGCGGGACCACAGACUUGAGCUCGAUGAGCUCAGGAGGGCGCUCAAGGAUGAGACGGACAGACUGCAGCGGACCCAUCGCGAAGCCUUGGAGGCAAUAG